UUACCUGUCUGCGGUGUCAAGCCAAAUCUGAUACGUUUGAUCCAUUUAUGGACCUCAGUCUUGAUAUUAAGGGUGUGAGCACGGUGGAGGAAGCACUGUCAAAAUUUGUCAAGCCUGAAACUCUUGACAAUGAAAAUGCAUACAAGUGUCCAAAAUGCAAAAACAAGGUCCGAGCUCAGAAACGCUUCUCUAUAGAGAAAGCUCCAAAUGUUCUGACCCUGCAGCUGAACAGAUUUGACUUUCAUCAUCACUUAUCUGGGAAGAUAAAUCGAUUUAUCAAAUACCCAGAAAAGAUCAACUUGCGCAGCUACAUGAGCCAGAGAGUGGGUGAGCCCAUCCUGUACCAUUUAUAUGGGGUUCUGGUCCACUCUGGUCACAGCAGUGAACAUGGACACUACUAUAGUUUUGUGAAGUCUCCCAGUAAAACAUGGUACUGCAUGAACGAUUCCAUUGUACAUCAGGCAGGCAGUAACAGCGUGUUUAGUGCUGAUGCCUAUGUCUUGUUCUAUGCUCGAAUUAAAAGUAGCAUCAGCAAUGGUCCUUCCACGUCCAGCAGCACCUUGAACCACUUGAAGAGUCCAUCCUCCCCUGUAAAGACACCGUUUAUUGGACCUACACUCCCAAGCCACGUGAAGCAAGAGUCCCCUCAUGUUAAUGGCAUACAUGGUAAACCUACCAGUGAGAUCGGCACACCCAUAAAGCAUAGUACUGCCAACCCAGGGUCUUACGCUGGGAUCACUCUACCCAAGCUUGUGCCAACUUCAACAUCGCUGCCAGGUACUCACAACAAAAUAUCGUUCCCUAUACUUACACCUCUUCAGAAAAAGCAGCAUCUGUUGCAACGGCAGCUUCAGAAGGAAGACGGGAAACACAUUGUGCUUCAAAUUAAACAUGGAAAUUCUACAACAAUGGAGAAGUCACCAGAUGGACAGUCAAAAGUGGUUAAUGGCGUUAUCAUGACCCAGAAGUCAGUAGGUCUGGUGCCCUAUAAUGACGACUCUGAUUCAGAACAAGACAAUGUGGGCAGUGCAGGCACACUGAACUCUGUAAAUAUAAAAACCAAUCAACAGAAGGCAGCUAAUGCAUCACUUGGUUUGCACCAGGCUGCAGGAGAUCAUUCUCGAGAUCUGACAAUUUUUCCGAAGCUGAGUUUCCCUUCUAAGGGAGACGGUGACUCUGGGAACUUGCCACAUGCAAAUACUAUAGCGGGACAGUAUGUUUUGCCAAGCUUACAGCAAACACACAAAGACAUUCCAUCACCCUCUGCCAGUAACCAGCCUCUGUUGCCUACCUCGAAUUUAAGUUAUCAGCUCACAGACUUGCAUACAAAGCAGUGCUCUACCCAGAUGUCACCGACUCCCUCCAGCAAAGCGCUCUCCCACAAAGACUUAAGUCCCUCGGCAUCAAAACUGGCAGAUGUUCACCAGGAGGUCCCGUUAACCACCACCACCACAACUACAUUAGCAGCAGGUAAGAGUGGUGUUAUGGAGCUCCCUGUUGUAAAUAUGUCAUCCUGUGCAGACUCAGGCAACGCCAAGGUGAAAGCUGCAGGUGGAAACUGGCUUGUCCAGGCCCAAGAUUGUGCCCCAAGUCCGCGCAGCUCAUGCUCUAGCUCACACAGCGUAAAUUCCACCACUGAAUGGACCGUCGAGUCCAAAGAUUUUCCCAAUGCAUCCAGAUGCAACCAUACCAAUUUGCAGAUUCCUGAUAAAGUUUGCACGAGCAAGACCCCAUCGGCUACAGUUACUGGGGAUGAUAAACCAUCUACAAGCAAUAAAAUCGCUGUUGCAGCAACUCCAGUAACCGUAAAAUUAAAAGACCGUUUCAUACCCUUGCCUAGUUCUGCCCCACCAGAGGUGCCAGAUGUUCACAUCAAUACCAAUGGUUCACGGCAUUCACACUCGGAGAGAUCCUUAACACCUAUAGGAAUCUCAGAUAAGCUUCCUCUACUUCAUUCACCUCCUAGUUCUGGCGUUAGCGACGGAGGAUUCAAAAAGGACAAGAAACACAAGAAAAAGCAUAACAAGAGUUCAGAUAGUUGUGGAUUUGAAAGACUGAGGGAUGAUAGUUCAUCUCGCAGUGACUGUUCUUCAAAAAAGAAAAAAAGGCAUAAAAAAGACAAAAAGGAGAAGAAAUCUAAAAAGAAAGGCUUGACAAGUUCCGAUAGUGAUUCUUAUGACGAUAGGAAAUCCCGAAAACACAGCCGCACAUAUUCAGACUCGUCUUCUAGUUGUGAUGAAGGCAGACGUAAGCGCAGACAUAGGACAAGUGAAAGUGAUGGCGGGUAUGAGUGGGUGGAGAAGACAGUUGAAACAACACACCUGAGGGAUUCUGACAGCAAGACAAGCAGUCGGGCAUCCAUCCAAUCAUGGAACCAUCAUGUCAAGGAUGAUGUGGCUCCAAGAAAGACCAUUUCUGACAAAAUAAAAACAACGUGGGAUGGAUCACGUUCCUCGUCAGUCUCUGCAGGCUUGGAAGGAGCCAGCCAUAAGUUUGGCAACAUUCUCUCUUGGGAUGGCAGUAAAAGCCACAAUGACAGAGAAGUGGAAGAGGAAGAGAGAGCCAAGAGAAAGAGACACUGGUCAGAUAAUUACAAUGAGGAGAUUGAUGCUGGCAAGACAAAGAAAGUGAAAAAACACGACAAAGAAACAUUUUCAACAGAUAACCCAUUCCAGCAGUUUCAAUCAAUGAAGCGUACGAACUGGUCCAAAGACAACGGCCCCUCAUGGUCCCAAGAUCACAGCUACCACCAGCACCACGACAACGCCUACCACAAAAACUCCGCCUCCUCCUCACAUCGCCCCUGGUUGAAAACAAACGGCGGCUACCACCCACUCAACAAGCACAGUGACAACCGUUUCAAGUCUUAUAAACCACACAGCGGCACCUAUGCUUAA